UCAGUCAGUCAGUCAGUCAGUCAGUUCCCAUCCGCGCUGCGAGCGACACGCACAUUUGCCAACUAACCAAUCCUCAUUUUCGUCAACGGGUAUUUAAAAACGAAACUGCGCGACCGGAUCGAUUCGCCCCGAGGCGAUUGAUAAAAAGAGAAGCGAAGAAUAAGAAUAAGAAUAAGAAGAAGAAGAAGAAGAAGAGAAAUUCAAAAAUUAUCUGCCGGAUACUAAAUCGGCGCUGGUAUCGCAGCUGGAUUUUUAAAUCGAAAAGAGCGGGCCACGUGUCCACAGGCCGAUUUUUGUGCGGAUAAAAUUUUGGAUCUUUUCUUUUCUUUUUUUUUUCGUUCGUACAACUGCGGUUUAAUUCGCGUGUUUUAGAGUCAGUUUUUGCCACGUUGCGUUGAAUUUUGAUUCGAGUAUAACUCGGUGAUUGUUUUUCUAUAUAUUAUUUCGACAUAUUAUCGUCGAUCCUUCGAACGACUGCAAGAUGAAUGUGAAAGAAAAAUUACCGAACGCUUGUUGAUCUCCGAAGGGAAGCAGAUUAGGGGCCGGAAGAAUUUUUUGUCAUCCUUUACUUCUCGUCGAACAACGUGACGCAAGAUUCUGAUAGUCCGGCCUGACGAUGCUGAUACCACGAGCUGCAAAUCUGACAGGAUCGCUGCUCUUCCUGGCUUCGAUAUUGAGCUGCAGCGUCAACUGCCAGAUAGAAAUGACCGGACUCGUCGAAAACAAAACCGGCGCAAACGAGAGCCGCUCCCGGGUAUUUUCUCCGCGGAUGGACUACGACGAGUGGACGCCGCUGGGUCGGGGAGAUCCUCUGAAGAACGACCCCACCUUCGACUACGUGCCCCCUGUCCUGGACCGGGUCCAGUACUGGCUGGACUCGCACACCACGGAACCCUCGGCAAAGAGGGACAUCCUGGUCCUCGGUGUAACGGCGAAGAAGACGAGCCCCAAGAUCCCGGAACAGUUCCUAAAGUUCGUCGACGGGCCGAAGUUCAACAAGAGCCCGGAUCAGCAGUACAAGAACGAGCACAUUCUACACCGCAACGAUUUUACAGGAAGCACUGGGGCCGAGCCACCGAAGAUAGUGCGGAAUACGAACUUCAGAAACGGCAUGGUUGACUACCGGAAUCAUAACCGGAUCCAAAACGUUCCGGCCAGUUACUAUCCCAGUCCGUUCUACAACCAGAAACCCAAACCCUACACCAUGAUGCUACCUCCACCGGUGGUUCCCAAGCCGAUCGAUGCCGCUCAGCCGACCUUCACACCGCAGAAGGAGAAGAUGGUCUACGCCGAUCAGAACCAGCAGUUCAGCACGCAAACGGAAGAAGGUCCGAUUCAGGAUGAACGGCUCAGCUACAUCGGUUCCCAUAUGAACUCAUUCUCACAGCCACGUCCUUCACCAAGGCCGGUGCAGUCUUCGUCCAAGCCUCCGCCGAAGCACCAGCUGUCACAGGUCGAGGGGCUGAACAGCGUCUAUACCCCGCCGGUACAGACGACCAGACAGAAGUUCCAGUCUGUAACGACGCCCUCGGUGUCAUUCGAGAAGUCGAAUCUCGUCUACCAUUCGACGCAGACGAUAUCCGGAGGGUGGCUGGCCAACGGUGGUCCAUCUUCAGAGGCCAAUCAGGUCACUUGGCAGACGCCGUUCAACGCUCAGGAGCAGUUCGAUACGGGCGGUGAUCACCAGGCGGCCAGCUCGUCGAACCAUGAGGUGGUCAUCGGUCAGAACGCUAACAUUAUCGUGGACGGUGAGAAUUCUGAGAACGAGGAGGUGGUGGUAGGGAAGAAGGAGUCGCAGCCACAGGAUAACUCGAUCGUUCAAACUCCCACUCCAUCCGGCAACGUUCUUCACUCGUCGAUCUUUUCAACCGACGACAACGACUCCGGCGACAUUGUGGUCGGCCAACCCUCGUCCGCUGACUCGGAUAUGCAGAUGCACAUCGUUGUCGCCAAUGCCGGUCCUGUCGACGCUGGAUUCGGGGGUUCGAAGCGGAAGGAACCUGUCUCUGUUAUCAUGCCCACCAACUACGUCGAGAAACCGAACGUUACCCUUUCGGAAUCUAACACUGAACCGACCAACGUCACUCACGACGAUCGUCGACUCAACAGUCUCGCAACCCAGGCUGAGCAGAAUAUUCAAAUCUCGAAACCGCUUUCCCCGCCAAAUUCCAUCACCAAUCCACCCGCCCCCAUUCCCCAAAUAAACCACAUGAACCACCAUCCGUCCCACAUGAGUCAGGUGAACCAGAUGAACCCGAUAAGUCAAAUGAACCCGAUGAACCAGAUGAACCAGAUGAUGCAAAUGAACCAAAUGAACCAAAUGAACCAAAUGAACCAGAUGGCUCACGCCCACCAGAUCAACCAGAUCAACCAGCUUCCAGUUAGAUCGGUAUUUCCGGGGCCUAACACCCAGCCGAUGAUCCAACUGAGUCAAAGUUCAGGUCACGCGAUGAUGCCUGGACAUAUGGGAAACGGUAUGAGGCGUCCUCCGGGAGGCGUGCCGUCGAUGCCGCCUCAGAAGAUGUUCAACGGGCAUCAGCAUCAUCACCAGAUCGUUCAGGGGAUGCAGCACAGCAGUCCUUCGAUGUAUGCGACGCCUGGUCCAGAAGUUGGAAUGACGGGAGGCAUGGAGUCGGAAUCGUUUCGGACGAAGAGUCCUCCUGACCAGCAGAUGAACUCGAUGCAGUCGGCGAACGGAGCGGCGGCUCCGCCUCAGGUUCCGUUCCUGCCGACGGCGGCAUCUUCGGUUUCACAACCGGAAACGGUGACCUCGAGUCUCGAUCUGGUCACGGAUUACAUAAAGAACCAGUCUCCGUUGGCCCACCUGCUGAACAACGAGAUGAACCGAGUGACUCGCACCUCGACAACGGCGGCUCCGACGACCACGGUCUCAAGCCUCACGACCGAUCCGAUAUUCUCGCACUACAAGCAGCCAGCCAAGCCGAUCCGGGGCCCGAUGUACCUCAUCAUCCAGGGACACUCGAAGGUCAAGACCUACAAGCCCUCGGUGAACAGGCACGGCGUGCCCGUCGAGUACAACGAGAUCCGGGAGGCGAGCACCGAGCGACCGUCGAAGCUUGAACAGCUGAUAAACGAGAACACGAAGAGUCGGAUUGGGGAUAAGAGCGUUCAGGAGAAGCCGGGCUUCGUCGAUGAGGAAAAGGAAAAGCCACGUCGGAAGAGAGUCGAGGAACAGGACCUGAUCAGUCUCGUUGAGAACAACUUCAGCGGUUUCACCCUUCGGCCGGAAUCCCACGUCGAGGAACACCGAAGGGCCAAUUCACUCACGACCAUAGAAAUUAACAAUUAGAUGUACGUGCUGCAUGUCGUCGCUGUUGAGUUGUUGUCGCCUUUUAUAACGUUAAUCGUUUCGUACUCGCAUGCGUGCGUUUCCCCCUUCCGGGCAAAGAGGAGAUGAGAGAGAUUUUUGAAGAGAUAUUCCAAAAUUAGUUUGAUAGAAGUUGACCUGGGUUAUUGAUUGAGAACUGCUCACCCUGAGUUCGACAUAUUAUAAAUUGUACUUUAAUCGUUGCUUAUUUAUUUAUUUAUAUUACGUUUUAACUGUUUCGCUUGUUUUCACUUUCACGUGCCAGUAUCGGAUUUGGAGUGACGUCGUUCGAGAAUAAGGAUAUAGGAUUUUACGUCAUCGUUAUCGCUGUUAUUGAAUUAUAUUACAUUAUCAUACGUAGGUAGAACUCGAAAGUAGUCCGUAAUCAGUCAGUCGACAAAUUGCCGUAACGCUUGUUUCAAAUUUAUACAAAUAUUUCAGAGAAAUUAAUUAAUUUAUACUGUAUAUUAGGGCUAUGAAAUAUAUAUACGGCAUAUAAAAUAAUACAAAUAUAUAUAUAUACAUAUAUAUAUACCUAUAUACACACAUGUUAAUGUGUAGUUUAUAAUCGUGAACGUGCUGUAGCUGAAAGUAUUGAAUUAUAUAGGAGAAAAGUAUAAACACAUCAUAUUUCAAAGUUUAGCUUAUCCCAGUUUAUUUAUACGACCAUUUAUACACAUAAUUCACCCAUACUUAUUAUGAUCAUAUAAUUUGUGAUUAGCGUGGAUCUGUAUUGUUAUUGCUAUUCUUAUUAUUAUUUAUUUAUUUUAUUUAAAUUAUUUAUGUAUAUUUACGCGCCCAAUCGUAUAAUAUUAUACAUAUAUAGGUAUUAACACUAGUCUUAUUUAUACCAGUUACCAAACAUAUCGAUUACGCACUAACAAUCAAACUUAAAUAUAGUAGAUGUACAUCGCUGAAUACACAUUAAUAGUUGCUAAGAUUAUUAUUAUUAUUAUUUUCAUUAUUAUCAUUUACUCUCAAAUAUAUAUAUAUAUAUAUACGUAUAUGUUGCUAAUGUAUUAUUAUCGUUAUUACACAAGAUAAGAAGGAGAAAAAGAUAGUAAUUAGACAAGAUAUUUAAUAAAGAAUUAAAAUAUCAGCACGAAUAAACGUAAAACACACGCUAUUAUUUAUACGCGCUCGUUGUCUCCGUACGAUUGAUUCGAAAGUAAUGUAGCAUUAUAUUAUUGUAUUGUUUACGUAUGAUGUUUGUACCUGACGGUCAUGUUUUAUUGAUUAUUAUUAACAAUAAAAGAUAUAUUAUCACGA